AUGGCCGCCGCCGCCGACUCCAAGGGUCCGCUGCACAAGCACAAUGUCGCCAACAGGCUCUACAAGAGCUCGCUGCUCAACACAGUGUGCAUCGUCGCCGGCAUCUCCAUCUUCUUCUUUGGCUACGACCAGGGGUUGAUGGGCGGCGUCAACACCACGCGCGACUAUGCCGAGCGGAUGGGCUUCGGCCACUAUUCCGAGGAGCGAGGCCUCGUCGUCGUCGACAAGCCCCUGCUUCAGGGAGGCAUCGUCGCCGUCUACUACCUCCCCGGAACCCUCGCCGGCUGCCUGCUCGGCGGCUGGCUUGGCGACAAGUAUGGCCGCAUCUGGACCAUCGGUGUGGCCUGCAUAUGGUGCGUCGUCGCGGCUGCCCUGCAGUCCGCGGCCAUGAACGCCAACUGGAUGUUCUGCGCUCGUGUGUUGAACGGCAUCGGCACCGGCAUCCUCAACGCCAUCACCCCUGUCUGGGCCACCGAGACGGCGUCCCACAAGUCGCGCGGCCAGUUUGUCGCCGUCGAGUUUACCCUCAAUAUCUUUGGCGUCGUCGUGGCUUACUGGCUGGAGUUUGGCACGUCCAAGUACCACGACCCGACCUCGUCGUUCAUCUGGCGCUUCCCCGUCGCCUUCCAGAUCGUCCCGCUCAUCUUCCUCUUCUGCAUCAUCUGGUUCAUGCCCGAGUCCCCGCGCUGGCUCGUCAAGGUCGGCCGCGAAGAGGAGGCGCGCUACAUCCUCGGCCGCCUGCGCGGCGAGGAGGGCGAGGACGCCAUUGCCGCCGAGGCCGAGUUCCAGGACAUUGUCAACAUCCGCAACCUCGAGGACGACACCGCCAAGCAGCAGAGCUACUUCCACAUGUUCUUCGGCAUCGGCUCCGGGAAGCUCCACACCGGCCGCCGCGUUCAGCUCGUCAUCUGGCUCCAGAUUCUGCAGGAGUGGAUUGGCAUCGCCGGUAUUACGAUUUACGGCCCUGAGAUCUUCACCAUUGCGGGCAUCAGCUCCAAGGACCGCCUCUGGGUCAGCGGCGUGAACAAUAUCACAUACAUGUUCGCCACGCUCAUAUGCGUCUUCACGCUUGACCGCAUCGGCCGCCGCUGGACGCUCUAUUGGGGCGCCAUCGGUCAGGGCAUCUGCAUGUUCGUUGCCGGAGGUCUCGCCCGCGCGACCAUCAACGCCGAGGGCAAGGGCAACCAGAGCCAGAUCGGUGGCGCGGCCACCUUCUUCGUCUUCCUGUACACGGCCAUCUUUGGCGCCACCUGGCUCACCGUCCCUUGGCUCUACCCGGCCGAGAUCUUCCCCCUGCAGGUCCGUGCCAAGGGCAACGCCUGGGGCGUCGUGGGAUGGUCCAUUGGCAACGGCUGGACGGUCUUGCUCCUCCCCACCAUCUUCAACAAGCUCAACGAAAAGACGCUAUACAUCUUCGGCGCCGUCAACGCCCUCUCCAUCGUCGCCGUUUGGGCCCUGUACCCGGAGUCCAAUCAGCGUACGCUCGAGGAGAUGGACCUCGUGUUUGCCAGCGACAGCAUCUGGACCUGGGAAGCGGAGAAGAACUUUGCUCGCCUCAAGGCCGAGAACCCGCAGCUCGUGCAGGCCGCCAAGGCCGGCCACGGCGUCGUCGACGCCGAGCAGGGCAUCACGACAUCACGCAAGGCCAGCCUCGUGGCGAGGAACGGCCAGGGAAACGCUGCGCCAGCGAACAAGAGCGGUGCAGAUGAGACGGAAAAGUCGAGCGUGUCUCACUUGUAA